AUGGACGACUCUAACAAUGAAACACUUGAUUUAUCGAGGCGUGGGCUGAAGAAAAUAGAGAAAGCGCCUCCAGAUGAAUCUAAGACAAUUAUCAAUUUGAUUCUUGAUCAGAAUGAACUUCAACGUUUGGAUAAUAUCGACACCUAUAACCGUGUUGAAAACUUGUCAAUAUGCAACAAUUUUUUACUCCGCAUGCAUGGAGUUUCCCGAAUGACUAAUAUUAGAAUCUUGGCUCUGAAUAACAAUGGCAUUCUACAAAUAGAAGGUCUAAAGGAUAUGAUUUAUUUAAAAGUGCUAAAGUUAGCUGGGAACAAUAUAAAAUCAAUAGAGCACUUGAACCACAAUAUACACUUGGAACAUUUGGAUCUGUCCAACAAUCAAAUAUCAUUUAUAGCAGAUAUUUCAUAUUUAAAGAAUUUAAAGCAUCUAAAUCUAGAGCGUAAUCGGAUUGUGGACCUUCGUCAAUGUGACCGCUACUUGCCACCGCACUUGACCCAUUUUGGUUUAGCCCACAACAACAUACAAGAUCUAAAUGAAGUAUCGCAUUUGGUACAUUUAGGGCAGUUGGACAGUUUUACAGUUCAAGGGAACCCGUGUGUGGCUAUGGCUGGGAAGGACAAACUAGGUUUCGAUUACCGUCCUUUUGUUCUCAACUGGAUAAUGAGUGUUAAAUCUAUUGAUGGGUUCAUCGUUAGCGCCAUAGAAAGCCUCAAGGCCGAAUGGCUCUACAGUCAAGGUAAAGGCCGGCAUUUCCACACCGGCCAGCAGAGGGAGCUCUGCGAGUACCUCGCUUCCACCUGCCCCUUGACAGCCGACGCCCUGGAGACUGAGGAUCAGAGGAAAUUGCGCCUUGUGCUCAGCAAGGCUCAGCAUCAUCAACAACAGUUGAAGGAUCAGAACCACAGCCCGGUGAAGUCUCGGAUACAGUCACCUAGAAUGCAAUCGCGCAUCUCCCAGCGCCACAUCGGGCGGUCCCCGGACCGGCUGUCGUCCAGCUUCCACGGCGGCGUGCAGCGCGCCUCGCCGCAGCACGCCAUGUCGCUGUCCUGCUCCGGCGACCUGCCCGCGCCCGCCCCCGCCGCCGCCCCCGCGCGGGACUCGCCCGACCGGGACAGAGAGCAACAACACAUACCACAACCGCAACAGAUACCACAAUUGCAACAGAUACCACAACCGCAAUCCAAACCAAUGAACCAUUCCCUAGAAUCUGCAUCUAAAAUGGUGCCAGUACCCGAAUCCCUAAUGAGCCCAGAUUACCAAGACCCCAUAUACGACAUACAGAAAACCAUACCAAAACCCACCAAUUCUAACAACAGUGCAUCCUCGCAGUCCAGUAACAAUAGCUUGAAUGAAGAAAAAAGAGCCAUAAACAAAAAUCUAAAAGGUUCACCAAAAUUACCUAAAAGUGCUACGUCUUCGCCAAAAUUAAAAGCCAAGAAUGAAAGGAAAGGGAGCCUAUCUCGUAUAGAAUUGAAAGAUGAUAAGAAAGUGAAUGGUGUGACGGACGAUCAGAUAGAUCCGGAUAAGCUCGAAGUGAUAAAACUUGCAUCGAAUCAAAGGAGGCAAAAGAAGAUGAGUGUAGAGACUAUGGCAGCGGUUACCAUACAGAAGAUGUGGAGGGGCUACAGGAGUAGGAAUUUGAAUAAGGAUACUCUGAGGAUUCUACAUGCAAUUCAAGCGGCAAGGGCCAGGCAACAUAUACAACGUUUAACAUGUGACAUGGAGGCCACCAAAGCGGCGCUAGAGAGUGAGAGGAAAAUACAACAACUACAGAUGCAAGCGAUCAAUGCGUUAUGGAAGAAAGUGUCAACUCUACAAAGUACUGGUCGGUUUGAUCCAAAGAGUACAGUCUCAGAGUCAGACGACAACGCGGAAGCGUUGCGGCAGCUCACCGAAACUUGUGUGUCGUUACAAGCUCAGGUGGUGGAGCUGCAGGGCUGCAUGCAGGCGGUGCUGCGCGCCGUGUCGCGGCCGCGCGCCGCCGCCGCCGCCGCCACGCAGACCGACCUCAGCGCUGUGCUCACGCCGCAGGAGGAGCGCUGCGGCUGGCUGCGACGGCCGCAGUCCCUCAACAUCGCUAGCAGCGUCACAGACCACAUCGAAAAGCCCCCAGAAGUAGACCCCCUGGAUAUAGAAAGGACCGAGUCGGUGAUACAGGAGCCCGGGGACCGACAGCUCGUCGUAGAC